AACAAUGCGUACGGAAAGCUGACGCGUGUCCCCCGCGAACAACGCGUUUUCUUCCUUCCUUUAUUUGUCCACCGCCCUAUAUAUUAACCCAUCGUCUUCCUCCUCACCACUCAUCUGGACCACCACCAAGCUCCCCUGUUUGCUUACUUAACAUACAAGCCUCAAGGUCUUCCAAGUCAGUCAACACCACACUCAGAACUGUACGGAUCUACCAGAACAUACAACCCACUCACUCUUCUCAUUUCAUCGCCUCAAAACCCAUUCCAAUUUUGAAAAACAGAACAUGAUCUGAACUUUAAUAACCGAGUAACCCGAUAACCUGACACGGUUUAGAUAAGGGAAGACGAAAGGUUCUAUCUUGCUAGACUCUGAGUUUUUGCUUUUCCUGGUUUUGAUGGCGUCGUCGGAGAACGUAGCGAGCAUGAUGGAGCCCUGGGCCUUCAGGACCAACACGUUCGCCGACUCGUGGAUCUCCGAGACCUUCUCGCGCGACACCAAAACCCUCACCAGGGCCCUCCAGAAGUCUCUCUCCAACAACCCAGAAUCGCUAGAUUCUUCCUCCGAUAUGUUCAUGCCGUUUCUUAACAACAUCCUCCAAACCGAAACGGCGACCACCCCUACUGUUUCGGGGCUGUCCGGCUCGGAGGAUCCCGAUACGAGCCCAGCGCCGCCGAAACGCCAGCAGCGAAACGCGAUUCCGGUGUCCGGUGCUGGUGGCGGCAAGGUUUCGAAACGCAAGUCUCGCGCGGCGAAACGGUCCCAGACGACUUUCAUCACGGCGGACCCGAGCAACUUCCGCCAGAUGGUGCAACAGGUGACCGGCGUUAGAUUCGGUAACGAGCAAGUCCCCUUGCCGUCGAUUCUGAAGCCGGAACCUCAGAGACCCGGUAGCCGGUUACCCGGGAUUGGCUGCUGCAUGCCGACCCUUGACACGUCGGCGUUUCUCCUAGAGCAUCACAAUCAGCAGCAGCAGCAGCUGGUAGGGCCCACGACGAUGACGGGGGCUGGGCUCAAUACGACAUUGACUGGGCUUGGCCCAACGUCGUUUGGGCAGACGAGUAUUGGUGAAGACGUAGCAUCGGCAGGUGGCGUUGCGUCUGGGGGAUUAGGUUUUGACUCCUUUUCGAGCUUUCCCACUUUGGAGUCCUGGAAGGUCAUGUGAGAUCCAUUUGACUUGACGAAUCAUCACGCGACACGUUGCGGUGAUGGUGGUGUAUGUGCUGACGUACCUGUCUAUACGACUUAAUAUUAAUAUGUAUUUUGUUUUUCUCUUUUUUUUAUUUAUUUAUUUUUAAUUCGGUUAGUAGUUUUUUCUUCUCUUUGUUCCCUUUAUAUGAUUUCAUUACCGAACGGAACAGUGAUGUAUGGAUUUCUGUUAUUAGUUCGAAUUAAUGAAUUAGAGUUUUUUGUAUGCUAA